AAGAAAAGGCGGGGCCAAACUAAGGAGUUGGGAAAGAGGGGGUGGAGGAGGGCGCAGGUAGAGUGGCUAAAUUUAAAACACUCCAAACUUCUGCUGGCUUCCAAGUUUACACUUUGAGAUUCAAACAAGAUUGUCUCCACCCCCAUCCUGCAUUCAUUCUCUCACACACUUCUCUCCUUGGCAAUGCAGUUUUGUUGCAAUGCAAUUUGACAGCGCGAUCGUUGAAGCAAUAUAAUCCUGCCCGCAGCGCACCUUUUAAUCAAUGCAUUUUUUCCUGCAAUGCUCUUGUUAUUAUUAUUAUUAUUGCAACUGAAUCUCUGAACCCUUUUCCCUCCCCAUUCUAAUCGCGCUCCGGCUGUGAUUGCUCGGGUCUGACUUUGCAAGUGGCAGUGCGCUUCCAAACCCCCCUCAUCCGCCCCUCGUCCCCCUUUCCCCCCUCCCUCUCUUUUCCGCGCCCAGGCGAGAGCAGCCGAUUGGCAGAGCGGUGCUUUCAGGAACAAUAACAGUGGGGGGAGCCUGAGUCCCGGGGAGCCGCCCCCUCCCCCGCCAGCACCGCAGCUCGCGCCCCCCGCCGGAUCCCCACCUCCGCGCCCGCCCCGCGGGCUGAGCGGCCCGACCGGGGCCCGCCCCCGGCGCCCAUCAUGUACGCCUUUGUGCGGUUCCUGGAGGACAACGUCUGCUACGCGCUGCCCGUGUCGUGCGUGCGCGACUUCAGCCCCCGCUCGCGGCUGGAUUUUGACAACCAGAAGGUGUACGCCGUGUACCGGGGCCCAGAGGAACUGGGCGCCGGGCCCGAGAGCCCCCCGCGCGCCCCCCACGACUGGGGCGCGCUGUUGCUCCACAAGGCCCAGAUCCUGGCGCUGGCAGAAGACAAAUCUGACCUUGAAAACAGUGUGAUGCAGAAGAAAAUAAAAAUCCCCAAACUUUCUCUUAAUCAUGUAGAAGAAGAUGGAGAGGUUAAAGAUUAUGGGGAAGAAGAUGUACAGCUUAGACACAUCAAGAGACCUGAGGGGCGGAAGCCGAGCGAAGUGGCGCACAAGAGCAUCGAGGCAGUGGUGGCUCGGCUAGAGAAGCAGAACGGCCUGAGCCUGGGCCAUAACACGUGUCCGGAAGAGGUCUUCGUGGAGGCUUCGCCAGGCACAGAGGACAUGGACAGUCUAGAAGAUGCCGUGGUGCCCCGGGCUCUGUAUGAGGAGCUGCUGCGCAACUACCAGCAGCAACAGGAGGAGAUGCGCCACCUCCAGCAGGAGCUGGAGCGGACUCGGAGGCAGCUGGUGCAGCAGGCCAAGAAGCUCAAGGAGUACGGGGCACUUGUGUCCGAAAUGAAGGAGCUCCGUGACCUUAACCGGAGGCUCCAGGACGUGCUGCUCCUGCGGCUUGGCAGCGGUCCCGCCAUUGAUCUGGAAAAAGUAAAGUCAGAAUGUCUCGAGCCCGAGCCGGAGUUACGGAGCACUUUCAGUGAGGAAGCAAAUACGUCGUCCUAUUACCCCGCUCCUGCGCCUGUCAUGGACAAGUAUAUCCUAGACAAUGGCAAGGUCCAUCUGGGAAGCGGGAUUUGGGUUGAUGAGGAGAAAUGGCACCAGCUACAAGUAACCCAAGGAGAUUCCAAGUACACGAAGAACUUGGCAGUUAUGAUUUGGGGAACAGAUGUUCUGAAAAACAGAAGCGUCACAGGAGUUGCCACAAAAAAAAAGAAAGAUGCGGUCCCUAAACCACCCCUCUCGCCUCACAAACUAAGCAUCGUCAGAGAGUGUUUGUAUGACAGAAUAGCACAAGAAACUGUGGAUGAAACUGAAAUUGCACAGAGACUCUCCAAAGUCAACAAGUACAUCUGUGAAAAAAUCAUGGAUAUUAAUAAAUCCUGUAAAAAUGAAGAACGAAGGGAAGCAAAAUACAAUUUGCAAUAAACUUUGGAUUUUUCAUAAAG